AGCAAGUCAGUCUGGUCUUACUGCUGCUCUUGUCUCUUGUGUUGGGUUCAUAUCGACUGCAAGCGGACAGGCUGCAACUUCACACCGGGGUACCACAACCGUGAGACGCAUUUCUUCAUCACAAAACCUUCACCCUUCAGGGGAAACGAGCUCAGUGCCAACACAGCAGCCGAAUUAGGCUUUUUUAGUCAAUGGAGGUAUUUGUGAGAGAGGUUAAAGAUAGCAGUUUGUGUGGGUUGCUGUUGUGAAAGUGACUGCAUCGAUUGAACAGGAGCUGCCGUGCUUCAACUACACUGCGAGAGGAGAGAUAUCUCUCCAACAUCUUUCUGCAUCUCAGACCGAAGAAGAGGCAUCCGGAUAAAGGUGAAGACAACAGGGUGAGCAGUUGACCUAACAAGUUCUGCGGAGGAUACUGGGAGGAACCAAUUCUUAAAAUGCCCGUGGCAACAUCCAGCUCUGACUCCGCCAUGCAUUCGGCCCUGGACACACUGAGUGACAGCACAAGCUCCACAACUGCCAAUGACCUGGACCUCAUCUUCCUCAAAGGCAUCAUGGAGAGCCCAGUGGCCCAUGAGCAGUUUGAGGAACCCAAGCUGGAGGCUGUGAGGGAGAACAACAUGGAGCUGAUCCAGGACAUCCUGAAGGAGCUCAACCCGCUCACCAACCGGAGCCAGGCAGCCGACGAGCUGGUCCGCAUCCUGAAGGAGCCUCACUUCCAGUCCCUCCUGGAGACUCAUGAUUCUGUGGCGUCCAAAAACUACGAGACACCUCCCCCCAGCCCCUGUUCCUUCAUGGACGCAGCCCUCAACAACCAGCCCGUUCCCCCAGACGCAGUCAGGAUGGUGGGCAUCCGCAAGGUGUCUGGUGAGCACCUGGGAGUGACGUUUCGAGUGGAGAGCGGCGAGCUAGUGAUCGCCAGGAUCCUCCACGGCGGCAUGAUUGACCAGCAAGGACUGCUCCACGUGGGCGACAUCAUCAAGGAGGUGAACGGCAAGGAGGUGGGCAACGACCCCAAAGUGCUCCAGGAGAUGCUGAAGGAGGCGAGCGGCAGCGUGGUGCUGAAGAUCCUGCCCAGCUACCAGGAGCCUCAUACACCAAGACAGGCCUUUGUGAAGUGUCACUUUGACUACGACCCAUCCCAUGAUAACCUGAUUCCCUGUAAGGAAGCAGGGCUGAGCUUCAACAGUGGAGACAUCCUGCAGAUUUUCAACCAGGAGGACCUCAAUUGGUGGCAGGCCUGUCACAUAGAGGGAGGCAGCGCAGGUCUAAUCCCAAGCCAGCUGCUGGAGGAGAAGAGGAAAGCGUUUGUGAAGAGAGAUUUGGAGCUCACUACCACAGGUCCUCUAUGUGCCGGCAUGGGUGGUAAGAAGAAAAAAAAGAUGAUGUAUCUGACUACCAAGAAUGCAGAAUUCGACCGCCACGAGCUGCGGAUAUAUGAAGAGGUCGCCAAGGUUCCGCCCUUCAGGAGGAAGACGCUGGUCCUGAUUGGUGCACAGGGGGUCGGCCGUCGCAGCCUGAAAAACAAGCUGCUGGUGUCGGAUCCCCAGCGGUACGGCACCACCAUCCCCUUCACCUCCAGAAAACCAAAGGUGGAUGAGCGGGACGGCCAGAUGUACUCCUUCAUGACCCGCAGCGAAAUGGAGAGCGACAUCAAAAGUGCUCGUUUCUUGGAGCACGGCGAGUACGACAGCAACCUGUACGGCACUAAGAUCAACUCUAUACACGAGGUGAUAUACACAGGAAAGAUCUGCAUCCUGGACGUCAACCCACAGGCUCUUAAAGUCCUGCGGACGUCAGAGUUCCUGCCCUACGUUGUCUUCAUCGAAGCCCCGGAUUUUGAGGUUCUCAAAGCUAUGAAUAAGUCAGCAAUCGAGUCAGGAGUGGUCACAAAACAGUUAACGGACUCUGAAUUAAAGAGGACGGUGGACGAGAGCGAGCGCAUCAAGCGAGCCUACGGACAUUACUUUGACCUCUGCAUCAUAAACGACGGCCUGGAAGCGGCGUUCCGAAGUCUCCGGUUGGCACUGGAGAAACUGUCAACGGAGCAGCAGUGGGUGCCCGUCAGCUGGGUCUUCUGAAGGUCACCAAGAAGAGCUCACCAGCGAGGUGCCAGGGCCACAGGUCGAAGGUCAGAGGGACGGUUUGGUAGCUCCAGAGGGGCUGUGGUGGAGGUCUGUAAUAAAGCGUCACGGUUCAGUGCAAAUGACCAGCCUCAUGUAGAGCGUUUUUUGUACAAACUUAGUGUUCCUCCGUUGAGCCUAACGUCAAGUUGUACUUUAUUUGUCAGAACCGGAAUAAUUUAAUUGAUAUUUGUUGAGAAGGAUUUAGAGUUAUGAGGUUUAGUGCAAUAGUGUGAGUGAGUGUGCGUAUGUUAUCAUAAACGUGGAAAUAGACUUAGAGUAACGAAUAUGUUUUGCAGAUAAGCUUUUCGUUGAAGGAUAUUGAACUUUUUUUUAGCCUUUCCUACUUUAUGUAGUGUAAUGUUUACAUGGGAUCGGUAGGACAGAUUGGUGAAGGAAAGAUACCAAAUGUCAUAUUUGUGAUAAAAAAAAACUAUAUUUUACCAUUUGAUCAUACAGUAUGAUUGUAUGUGUUCAUAAAUGUGCUCUAUAUUGUGGCUCCACUAAUUUGAAAAACGAACAGCAAUAGAUCAUUUUAAACAAAAAACAUAUACGUGCAAUACACCUACAUACAGACACCGAUGUAUACAUACACACGUUUUUGCGUUAAUCUUGCGGUCUCGAUUUGUUUGGUUUCCUUUUUAAUGUUGAUUACAUUGUACAUCUGUUGUCCUAAAGCAUCUGGUUUGUUUGACAGUGAGAGGACCCGGCGAGUGGAUCACAGUGUCCGACUAACUGCUUGAUUCUGUUGGAGUUGUAUUUGUAGCACUGAGAACAACAACAAAAAAAUUAAGAAGAAAACUGAAGAAGAAGUAGCCUACAGUAUGCACUGAUUGUAUAAUGAAGGCAACCAUUUUACUUGGUUGAACAAUUAAUGAAAAUUGUCAACUUUUUUUUGUUAUUUUUUGAUGUACAAACCGUAAAAUAUUUAUCAGUGGCUUCAAAUUCAUACUUACUUUUGCCUUAACAUGGUUCAAAAAGCCAAGGAAACACUCACUGUACAUGUUCCUUCUUAGAAAAUAGAGAAAAGUAAUACUGGCAACUCAUUGAAUAUUUAUUUUAUUUUCCCUCAAACUUGUAAGUACUGUAUUGUAAUAAAGAGUAUAUAGUAUAACAUAGAGAAACACUUGGUGCUCUGAUGAUUCUGCUGGUGUGUAGACGCAGUCGGACAACUACACUGUAGUUUUGAUGUUCAUAUAAAAAUGUAUUAAAAUUGGAAAUGUUGAGAA